UAACAUUAAUAUUUUAUUUGGUGGUCGACUCAUGCCAGCGCAAAACGCUUGGCUUUUUGAAAUUAAUUUAUUUUAAUUAAAUGAAGGCAAAAUGCAGAAGCUGCUGACGUUAGUGUUUUUGGCCCAUCAGGCUUCAGGUGUUAUAUACUCGUUAAAUUUGACGGAGUACUACAGGAUGCCGGAGCUGCACGAGAUGGAGGACUACGACCGCUGCCUGGCGGCGCCGCGCGGGCUGUACUGCGUGCUGGACGCCGACCUGCUCCCCGGCGACAACCCCGAACUCAUGCGGAUACUGCAGGAAUACUCUGCCAAUACGAAGAAACACUACAACCACACACAGAUACACAGAGCCGUGUGCGUCACAGAGACGUGCAAGGACUUCGCGCAGGGGAGAUCCCUCGAGGACCCCACAGACCUGAGGCUGGUUCUGGAGGAGUGCGUCAACGCUUCCAUUUGGAGGACACACAAAUUAAACGCCAAAGUGACCGAUGUCUCGACAUGCAAGAGGCACGGCGAGAGGCGGCGCUUCUCGCCCGCGGACUACGUGAUGGCCGGCGUGUACCUCGCGCUCCUCAUCCUCAACGUGCUGGGCACCUGGCACGACUUCAUCCAGGACGACACGCCAGGAAACCCUUACUUACUGGCGUUCUCGAUGCGGAGGAACUGGCGCACGCUGACGGCCGCCGGGUUCGACGGGCCCGACCGCCGGCUGCGGAGGCUCCGCGUCUUCAACGGUAUGCGAACCCUGACAAUAUUCGGCGUGUUCACGAGCCACACUGCGCUAGUGAUGGCCUUCUCCUUCUUAAAGAACCCUCUCUACUUCGAACUGGCGUACGACGAUCCGUUCAAGACGCUGCUGGUGAACGGCGACGUGGUGACGUACACGUUCUUCGUGCUGUCGGGCUUCCUGCUCGCCUUCAACCUCGAGCUGCUCGCCGAGAAGAUCAAGAUCACCAUCUGGGAGUGGCCCAAGGGUAUCCUGCUGCGUUGGCUCAGACUGACGCCGGUGAUGGCGCUGGUGCUGUUCACAGUGAUGACGGUGAACCGGCACCUGGCGGACGGGCCGCAGUGGGAGCUGGUGGUGACGAGCGAGGCGGACGCCUGCUGGCAGUACUGGUGGGCGCACCUGCUCUACAUCAACAACUACAUCUACGACAACUCCCACUGUCUCCCGCAAACUUGGUACCUGGCGGCCGACACGCAGCUGUUCGCGCUGGGGCUGCUGGUGUGCGUGGCGUGCCGGCGGCCGCGCGCGCAGGCGCUGGCGCUGGCGGCGCUGGCCGCGCUGGCGCUGCUCAUGCCGGCCGCGCACACCUACUUCCAGGACCUGGACGCCGUCGUCUACCAGUCUCCAGAACUGUACCGCAGCCUGUACAAGACGUACGACACGUUCCGCAUCAUGUACGUGCGCGCGCACACCAACAUGUUCACGCACGUGCUCGGCAUGGCGUGCGGCCUGCUCGCCGUGCACUGGUUCAACAAUGAGAAGGCCGUGUCCGAGAGAUUCCAGAAGUACCGGUGGGUGAUCUGGGCGACGCUGCCGAUCGCCCUGUUCAACGUGUACUCGGGCUCGUUCUUCUACGCGGACGGGUACGAGCCGGCGCCGGCGCUGCGCGUGCUCUACGCCACGCUGCGCAAGCCGCUCUUCCAGCUCUUCACCUUCAUGUUCAUCAUGGGCUCCAUCUUCAAGGCUGAAGGCGUGCUGCGCGGCAUCCUGGAGUGGCGCGGGUUCACGUGGACGGCGCGCGUGUCGUACUGCGCCUUCCUGCUGCACACGCUGGUGCAGCGCGCGCUGGUCGGCGCGCAGAGGCUGCCCACCUACAUGUCCGACUACUACAUGCUGAUGAUCCUGGGCGGCACGACGUUCAUCACGAUGCUGCUGGCGACGCUGCUGUGGCUGUGCGUGGAGGCGCCGCUGGGCUCGCUGGUCAAGAUGCUCGCGGCGCCGCCCAAGCUCGCCGCCGCCGAGCCGCCGCGGGAGGAGACCACCAAAGUCUAAUCGCGCUCGAAUGAGACGAUAUAAUAAAUAAUAAACAAAUUGGCCGAACGUCAAUGCAAUUAACCAUUAAAAACGUUAAUUGCCAUUAACCAUUGACAAUUGACGGAAAAUUAAUUCUUAAUUGCAAUUAACACAAAUUGCCAUUAACGUUAAUGCAUUUCGAAAUAUUAACAAUUGAAAAGGAUUAAUGGCUAAUUGCUACACAAACCAUUAAAAAUUAAAUUAAUUGCUAAUGUAAAUUGAAAGUGUCAUUGACAAUUAACAAAAAUAAAUU